AUGGCCGCCAGCUCCAACCUGAGCUCAGAGAUGGACGUCUGCGAGAACGACGUGGACUAUCAGGUGUCGUUGGAGGACGUGGACGUCCCUGGUGGUCUCGUGUUCAUGUGGGCGUCGGUGAUGAUGGCCGUGGUGCUGGUCCUCAUCAUGGCGGUGUGUGGUCUGGGUAACUUGGUCUUGAUGUGGUCUCUGGUCCGGUCUGGUGGUCUCCGGUCUCUGGCGGACAGACUAGUCCUAAACCUGGCCCUGUCUGAUGCUCUGGUGGCUCUGUGCUGCCCCCUGCUGCUGGAUUACUACACGGUGCGCGGGCUCAGCUGGAGGUUCGGGGCGAGCGCCUGCGCCAUCGUCGGAUACGUCAGAGCGCUGUCCCUGCACGUGUCCACCAACGUGCUGCUGGGGAUCGCCGUGGACAGGUACCUGGCGAUCAUGCAUCCUUUGCGGCCGCGCUGUCACCGCUCGUGGCCCGUUCUUCUGGGGGUCUGGUUAGUCCCGGCUCUGGUCUCGGUCCCGGUGGUCCUCACCUCGGCUCAGACCCAGUUCUCAGGAGCAGAUGGAGUCCUCAAGACCUUCUGCGGUCAGGUGUGGAGUGUGGACCUGCAGACUCUGUAUCAGUCGUACUUCCUGUCGGUGAUGAUCCUGCAGUUCCUGUUUCCUGUCGGGGUCAUGACCUUCUGCUACAUCCAAGUCUGCAGAGAACUCUGGUUCAAAACUGUCCCGGGGUUCCAGACGUCUCAGAUCCAGUUGCGUCUUCGCCGUCGUCGUAGGACAGUCCUUGUCCUCGUCCUGGUCCUGGCGGCCUACGUCGCCUGCUGGAGUCCGUACUACGUGUUUUCGGUUCUGCGGGACUUCCACGCGUCCUUCAUGUCCACGCAGAGACACGCCCUCACCGUCUUCUAUGCUGUGGACUGUCUGGCCAUGUCCAACGCCGUCCUCAACACGCUCAGCUUCGUCUGGGUCAAGAAACCGAACCGGACCAGGACUAGGACUGGACUUAGGCUCAGGACUUUCAUCAAGACCAAGUCCAGUCUGGAGGACAACCGGACCACGUCCAACAGGGGAGACCGAGACCUGGAGAGGACUAUCUUAGACCUGGUUUAG